AUGUCGACCCCCGAACAAGCGCCCGAUGGCGCAUCAAUCGCUGCGAUCCAACAACCUCCACCCAAGAAGAUCGACCCUAUAUACUACAAUUGGAGCAGUACCUUCAACAUAAUGCUCGGCCGCAUGACGGGAAGCCGAGACAUCGAGUUGGAGAAGGGCUACUUCGAGGAGCUAGACACACUAAAAGCCGACUCAAUAUGCAAAAGAUGCGAGGUCAACAAGGAAUACCUACUACAAUACUCGCCUAUCGUCCGCUUCCUGAAAGAUGAGGUCUAUAAGCUAGGUGGCGAUUUAAACGGGCAGAACAUACUGUGUCGGAUGUGCACGAAUGAGCAGAGCGGCGGCUUCAGCCUCGACCACGGCAUUCUACUCUGCGCAAACAAAUUUCGCAACCGCGGCCACCAGGAGGAUACCAUGGCCCACGAAAUGGUUCACGCUUGGGAUCACCUCAAAUGGAAGGUUGAGAGCGACAAUUUGCGGCACCAGGCGUGCUUGGAGAUUAGGGCGUCGACGUUGAGUGGAGAGUGUAGAUUUUCCCGCGAAUUCUUCACGCGCAAUCAGUGGUCUAUCACAGAACAGUUACAGGCCUGCGUGCGGCGGCGUGCUACGCUGAGUAUGAUGGCGCGGCCGGGUAUCAAGAAUCAAGAGCAUGCGGGCAAGGUCGUGAAUGAGGUUUGGGAUAGCUGUUUUAGGGACACAAGGCCGUUCGAUGAGAUCUAUCGAUGAUUGGGAAGAGACGGGAGGCUGGAAAUAGACAUGGCCGAUGUACAAGGAAUGUAUCGAUAGUACUGUAUAAUGCAC